CGCGUCUCCAGUGUUGACAAGCAGGCAGGCAGACCCUCUAUGGAGCCGACAGCCAUUAGCCAGACCCCGACCCUCUGAGGCUUCCCGGCGAUCCACGCCUGCGCCGAUCCUCCCGUCUUUCUGUCAUUUUUCUGCAGAAUCAUCCUCUGCUGCAUCGCAGCUGAACAUCCACCGCAUCCUCAGCCGUAAACUGGCUGUAAAUGCAGGACAAACCUGCAGCAUAACGCUAUAUUUUCAAUAAUCGGGGUCGCUGCAGCUCAGCUGAGUGUGACGUCAUUUUUUUGGUUUGUUUUUCAUAGCGAUAUGAAGAUGGGGAGCAUCAGGGCAUUUUUGCGGCUGACCAGGCGCGGCAUGAAGCUGGAGCGGCUCAGAGAGCUCGGUAGGCAGUACCCCGUCUUCUGUUUCCUGCUGCUGCUCCUGCUGCUUUCCACUCUGCUUUUAAAUAGAUAUAUCCACAUAAUCAUGGUGUUUUGGUCCUUCCUGGCCGGGGCGGUCACCUUUUACUGCUCACUGGGGCCUGAGUCUCUGCUGCCAAACGUCUUGGUGUCCAUUAAACCAAAGGCGAAGUCCUUCCAGCAGGAGCUGUUUCCCCUCGGCCACAGCUGUGCUGUUUGUGGAAAGAUUAAAUGUAAAAGACACAGACCAACUUUGUUACUGGAAAACUAUCAACCUUGGCUUGACCUGAAAAUACCCUCUAAGGUGGACGCUUCCCUGUCGGAGAUCCUGGAACUUGUCUUAGAAAAUUUUGUAUAUCCUUGGUACAGGGAUAUCACGGAUGACGAGUCUUUUGUUGACGAGCUGAGGGUGACUUUACGCUUCUUUGCAGCUGUUUUGGUCCGCCGAACUCAAAAAGUGGACGUUGCUUCACUCAUCACCCAAAAGCUUCUUAAAGUUUCCAUGAAACACAUUGAAAUUAUCAGCAAAGCCAGACAGAAAGUAAAAAACACAGAGUAUUUCCAACAAGCUGCCCUGGAUGAGUACGGUCCUGAUCUCCACGUGGCGCUCCGUAGUCGCAGAGACGAGCUUCUCUACCUCCGGAAGCUGACUGAGAACCUCUUCCCUUACAUCCUGCCGCCCAAGGCCACAGACUGCCGAUCUCUAGCUCUCCUGAUUAGAGAAGUCUUGGCCGGUUCCGUCUUUCUUCCUUCGAUGGACUAUUUGGCUGAUCCAGACACAGUGAAUCAUUUAAUUUUGAUAUUCAUUGACAACUCCCCUCCCGAAGAAGCAACAGAGCCAACUUCAACACUUGUUCCAUUUUUACACAAGUAUUCUGAUUCUCGCAACAAAAAGCCUUCAGUGCUCAAGCUGGAGUUAAAGGAAAUCCGAGAACAACAAGACCUCCUCUUUCGCUUCAUGAACUUCCUCAAACAAGAAGGAGCUGUGCACGUGCUCCAGUUCUGUCUCGCAGUUGAGGAAUUCAAUGAUAGGAUUCUUUGCCCCGAGCUUUCGGACUCGGAGAAGAUGAUGCUGCAUGAAGAGGUGAAGAAGAUCUAUGAGACUUACUGCUUGGAUGAGAGCGUCGACAAGAUCCGCUUCGACCCUUUUAUAGUGGACGAGAUCCGCAACAUUGCAGAGGGCCCGUUUACAGAAGUGGUGAAACUGCAGACCAUGAGGUGUUUGUUUGAAGCCUAUGAGCAUGUGCUGUCCCUCCUGGAAAAUGUUUUCACCCCCAUGUUCUGUCACAGCGACGAGUAUUUUCGGCAGCUUCUGAGGGGGGCCGAGUCCCCGGCCAGGAACUCAAAGAUGAGCAGAAAUAGCGUCAGUUUGGAUGACAUUCGCUCCUGGGACUGGAGCCCUGAGUCCCCGUCCUCACUCUUCACCGCCUCUGGCAGCUCCUCACCUGCAUCUUUUACCUCCCUCCAUGCCCAGCCCACGUUCACAAACUUCCCAUACGGCUCGCAAUCCCACCGCCACUCAUCGCCCAAGAACACGUCAAAGAGGGGCGAGUCCUUCGGGAUCAGCCGCAUUGGCAGUAAGAUCAAAGGAGUGUUCAAAAGCACGACCAUGGAGGGCGCCAUGCUGCCGUCCUACGGGCUGGUGGAGGGAGAGGAUGAUAUGGUAGAGGAAGCCAUGAUGGUGCUUGAGGAUGACUCCCCCAUGGAGGCAGCAUCCACACCCAGCACCCCUCGAAACCUCUCAGCCUGGAACAUCACCAUCCCCUACAUCGAUUUCUACGACGACGACGUGAAGAGGGAGAGGAUUCCUGUCUUCUGUAUCGAUGUGGAGCGCAAUGACAGGAAAGCAGUGGGUCAUGACAGCGAGCACUGGUCGGUCUACAGGAGGUAUCUGGAGUUUUAUGUGCUGGAAUCAAGGCUAACUGAGUUUCAUGGUUCAUUUCCAGAUGCUCAGCUGCCCUCUAAGAGAAUAAUCGGCCCAAAGAACUAUGAGUUCCUAACAUCCAAGCGGGAGGAGUUUGAGGAAUACCUUCAGAGACUUCUGCAGCACCCUGAGCUGAGCAACAGCCAGCUGCUGGCUGACUUCCUGUCUCCUCAUAGCAUGGAGUCCCAGUUUCUGGACAAGAUGCUGCCUGAUGUGAACCUUGGGAAAAUAAUAAAGGCUGUGCCCAGCAAACUGAUCAAAGAGAAAGGGCAGCACCUGGAGCCUUUCAUCCAGUCUUUCUUCAACUCCUGUGAAUCUCCCAAACCCAAACCCAGCCGACCUGAACUCACCAUCCUGAGCCCCACGUCAGAAAACGAUAAAAAGCUCUUCAAUGAUCUUUUCAAAAACAACGCCAACCGCUCAGAGGUGACAGAGAAGAGACACAACCAGAACUACUUCAUGGAGAUGAUUACAGUCGAAGGGGUCUAUGAUUAUUUAAUGUAUGUGGGGCGGGUCGUGUUUCAUAUCCCUGACUGGUUGCAUCACUUGUUAAUGGGCGGCAGAAUCCUGUUCAAGAACACCCUGGAGGCCUAUACAGAUUAUUACCUUCAGUUUAAACUGAACCAGGUGGUCCAGGAGCACCGGCUCGUCUCACUCAUCACCCUGCUUAGAGACGCAGUUUUCUGCGAGAGCAGUCCGCCCCGCUCGGCCCAGGACAAACAAAGCCGAGCGAAGAGGACGUUUGAGGAAAUGAUGAGCUAUAUUCCAGAUUUUUUAGGGAAGUGUAUCGGAGAGGAGGCCAAGUAUGAAGGAGUUCGCCUUCUCUUUGAUGGACUGCAGCAGCCGGUUCUCAACAAACAGCUGACUUAUGUGCUGCUGGACAUCGUCAUUCAAGAAAUGUUUCCAGAACUAAACAAGCAGGUACAGAAGGAAACCCCUGUGAUGGCUUCAUGGAUGUAAAUCGGCCUGUUAUACCUUCAUCCCAAGAGGUUUUGAGUGUUGCUUCAUCACGAGCGGACAGCACCAGUGUGUCUCAGAGCGGACUGUUCAUUUUCAGCUAGAAUGAACUGAUCGCAUUCAGCUACAGGCAUCACACAGAAACCCCGCCCCCCCUAAGGCUUCUGUGACCUUCACAUUGUUUUCAGGGAUAAAAUUAAUAUUCGGAUUUUGUUCGUCAUACAACAAAAAUCCAUCAUAUUUGCCGUCAUAUUUUCUAUUUGAUGUGAUGGAACAUAUAUAAAGCAAUGAAGGCGGCAUAGAUGGGGGAUGUGGGAGGAUGCCUUUGCAGAUUUGCACUUUUAAAUUUCAACCUGUUUUCUGCUGUAAUGUGAAGAGAAAACGAACAAUGUCUCUGGUAGAAAAAACAUAAUAUUUGGAGCUGAUCUGCAGCCCGGUUUUGUUUUUCUAUUUUCUGUCCCAUCCCAGUAAAUUCUGAGCUUAACGUUUUCAAGACCAAAUUUCAUCACAGCUUGGUUUAUUUUCUUUGGGGUAAUAGUAAAGGAUCUGUUUCAGCUUAACAGUUGGACAAAAAAAACAAAUAAAUUGUUUUGAUUUAGUUUUUUUUUCUAUAAAACUGCAGAAGAGACUCUAGCAGAUAUUUUUUUUUUUCUGGAUUAGGAGGAAAUUUCAAAGAACAGAAGAUGAUCCAGACUCCGAACAGAAGAGUGAGGAAAUGCAAACCCUCCCUAAAUGUUUCUAAUAAUCCUGUAAAGUAAAUAAAUUAUUAAAUAAUUUAAAGGUCA